AUGGGGGAGCUUCAUCGUAAGCUUAACAACAUCGCAUCAUCCCCGAUCACAGGCCAUGCGCGAAUGAUUAUCAUCAAACCCGAAGCCCAAUUCGUUGUCGCUUUCCCCGAAGGAGGUGUCGUAGGGGAUGUGAACGCCCAGUUAGACGGAGCGUUAACGAGCAUCGCAGAACAAGGCUAUGAGAUCGAUCUGGAGGUCUUCGCGCCAACGGUGGUCAUCCAGGAGACCAUAGGCCGCGCCACGAAGGACAAAGAAGCCGUAGUAAGGGUACAAAUAAAUGUGUACGGCCCAUCGACAGCCGCUUGCGAUAUCGGCAAGGAGUUGUCGCAGCAAAAGAUCUACCUGCAACGCCCUGUGUACAUACGAGAUGGUUAUCGAUACGAGAAUCCCCAUAUUCUCACCCUCCCUGGCUUCCAAGGCUCGACACCUGAGAUACCAACCAUUACAGAAGAACCUUUACCUGACAAGGCCGGUCUGCAGACAUUGAGAAGCACCCUCCAAAAUGUGUAUUCCUCUUUGACGCGAGAUCACAACCUGCACGGGUUAGAGGGUGACGAGCGCCUCAACACCGAUCUUUUGUUCGCGAAGACGGGCCCAUACCAGAGGAGUACACACUCUGGAGGCCGAGCGAAGAAGAUGGAGUCCAAUGCCAUGAUUGAGCCUAAGGAGACCGGCGGUGGUAUCCUGGCAGACGAGAUGGGGAUGGGAAAGACUCUCUCUGUACUAGCCCUUGUACUACGGACGCUAAACACUGCGCACGAGUGGGCUAUCUGCAUCGAUGAUCUGAACGAUCCGACUUCGGAAACACCAAAGAAGAGACGCCGCUCUGGAGCGACCUUGAUCGUUGCAUCAUCGGACCCUGCUUACCUUGAAAGGCAUUUUGACGAGCCUACCCGUAAAGCCUUGAAAGCGAUCAAGUACCACGGUCCUCAUCGACACGUUUCCCUGGAGAGGCUCAUGGAGGCAGACCUUGUCAUCACUACCUAUCAUACGCUCGCGUCAGAUUUUGCCAGGACCAAGCACGAGUUGAGGCAUAUUGAAUGGUAUCGUCUUGUCAUUGAUGAAGGUGAGCAAGCCACCACUCGUUGA